AUGCCCUUUGGGGAGUGACCGGUUUGGACUACCCAUUAACUUCCACGGUCAAGCCAGUACGGAUACAGACUCAUACGGAGUAUGCUAGUCGACUAUUACUAAGUCACGCUAGACAGUGAUGGGGGACGCACGACCUGGGGAUCUGGUCUGGCUGUCCACGCAUCCCCCGAUCCACCGCAUCUCCUGCUGAUCAUCGACCUUCCCAUCUUAUCGUCCAUUGUUUCCUCACUUCUCUCUUUCACUCCGUUACUUUGUGGACCACAUUCUACAUCGACGAUACACAGCCUUUGUCGCUCCAUUCUAUAUUCUAAUAAUCGUCGCCUUUUCCACGCCGAAUACACCGUAUCCAGUUGAUUCCCCCUGUACAAGCUCUGACACUGAUUCCAGCACCCACUAUCAACCACCUGGAGACAAAGGAAUCGUCCCAGAUAAUGGCCGUCUCUACUGCUGACGACGCUCUUUUCAACCGGGCCGUGUCUGGCUACCGUGAUGUCUUCUGGAGUCAAAAUCAACAUCUCUCGGAAACGGAAAGAAAUUGUCUCUGGACUCGUCGACUCAGCCAGUUUGUCACCGGCAACAACAACUCUUCGGUUUUAGACAGCACCAUUGACGCCUUUACGAUAUCGACAUCAUCUGGACCUUGCUCGGAUACUUUGGGAAAACGUACUCGACUGGAUGCACCUCGAACCGUUCCUGGAGUUUCUACUUCUGCGAAACGACGUGCCACCGUAUGUCUAAUCAUUCCAUCCACCCCCGAGUCGAAAGGUGCCACAGUCAAACGAACUGGCACAUCCGUUCCUAUGGACCAAUCCCCGACGACAACCUCCUCACAUAUGAUGAGGCGACAAUCAACAAAUAACAGGAUUGGAAGGUCCCCCAACAACGAAGUCCACAAUUCUGUUCGCACUAUUCCUAUGAUGCGGUCGCAGAGCCAGCAGGUUCCUUCAACAAGACAACAGCUACGCGUCGGUCUGGAGACACGAAGGCAAUCUUCUGGUCCUACCUCGUAUACCCAACAGGUUCACAAUUUGAACGUCAACGAAUACUCACCAACGGAAUGGACACAACAGUGUGUGGAAGAUAUUCCUGGUCAAGUUACCCCAAGUUUUGCUUUAUCAAUUCCCUCUGAUGUUGAGAUGUCAAUGGGAUCACAUGAAAACACAGUCGUAUUACAGCAGUCGCUCCCACAGGAGCAUAUGCAGACACCUCAAUUUAAGGGGUUGACUCAACCAGCUACGUCCGACCAAUUGACGGUCGCGACCAUUCAAGCAACUGAAAUGAGUCGUAGUACAACAUCAGAGUCUAUUUGCGGAGGACUGGGCAUGGUUAGAUUCGACUCGGAAGAGUCGAAUCCUGAAAACUUUUCCAAUUUUUCUUUUUCUUCUGAUUACGUUCACCUUACGUCCUCACAGGACGUAGGUUUUCCUUCUGUUUCGCCGAUUGGCAGCAUGGAUCAUGUGCCAUUUUCUUCAUCUGCCCCAAAUCCUGUAUCUUUUUUGUCAUCAUCUUCGUUGGCCCCUUCAUCUGCUGCACAGGAGAUGAAGGUUUCUUUUUCUGCCGAGAGCAAUGCCUCGGAUGUGUCUAUGACACAGCAGUCUAGGACUGCACGUCGUACAUCAGAACAAGUUGUUCAAGGCGCUCGACCGAUUGCGCCAAAAGUAUCUUCUAACAAAAGCAGCGUACUGACUGUAAAGUCAAAUGAUCCGCAUCGGAUGAUUCGUAUCUCGUCGGAAGAUGGCACUGCCAAAGAGGUAGCUGCCAUUCCCAAAGCGUCAUUUCAGCGACCCCCACGACAAAAGACGUACUGCCACCUCUGUACUGACCAACCCGAAGGGUUCCAUGGUGAGCACGAAUUACGCCGACACAUCGAGCGAGUUCACGCGGUGGUGCGCAAAGUCUGGGUGUGUGUUGACAUCUCUCCUGACAAGAGUUUUCUCGCCAAUUGCAAAGCGUGCCGUAAUGGCAAGCGAUACGGGGCCAAUUAUAAUGCUGCAGCACACCUGCGUCGGACCCAUUUUAACCCUUGUCAGCGCGGCCGUGGCGGUCGUGGCAAGGACAGCGAGAAACGUGGCGGCAAGGGCGGCGGUCACCAUCCACCCAUGGAAGUACUGAAGCAUUGGAUGGAGCAGAAGGAGGAAGUGGUGCUCGAGAAUGCUCAGUAUUUGCUGGAUGACGAGGUUUCUGCCGAGCUUGCCUCCGGUCUCCCGCCUGCUACCGUUCAACCCGGUACAGAAGCCGAGAUUAGCCCCGAUGCCGCUGGUGAAUAUGAGGACACCUCGCUCAAGUGGGAUACCACCAUGACCAUGGGCAAUGGAUUCGAGAUGGCCUUUGUGCCAUCUCUUGAUCAUCAUUACUAUCUCGAUGCUCAGCCCUUAGCCGUCGAUGACCCGUUCCUUGUACAGACUGCCGUAUAAUUUUACUGCGUUGCGUUUUGGCGUUCUUCGUAUAUAAUUUACCUUCUCUCCCUUCACCCUAGUUAUUAUCAUUAUGACUUAUGUCCAUUCUAUCACGUCUUUUCAGCCUUGCUCUAUUUCUUUCUAUUUUUUUCUCACGUUCUUCCGGGGGCGGGACGAUGUGAUGAUUAAUCUUUACGUUAAUGCCUCGUUUGUACUGCGUUCCAUGUACAUAUUCUCGCGGUUUUUUUUUUGGUAUCCAUCGGUGCGUAAUAAUGAACUGGCAUUAUGAUUGACUUGACAUCAUUAUCAUUA